AUGGCAUCGCCUGCUAAAAAAAGAAAAUUAAAAUCAAAUCUACAAAAACAUAUCUCGCAGCCGACGCAAAUCUUUCAUGACAUUUGUGUUUAUAUUGUGCCCAUUAAAUUGCCUAAUCAACGAGUGCAAUUCUUAAAGCAAUUAGCUGCCAAGAAAGGUUUUCCUAUUGCUGAAUCUUACAGCCCUAAAGUCACCCAUAUUGUCACCGCUGUUACAUCUAUCGAUCGAAUCAAAGCUCAUCUGGAUAGUGAAAAUAUUAACAAAGUUGAAGUGGUUUCUGUUGAAUGGCUAACAACAUCGUUUACAGAUGGGCAACCAACUCGUGUUACGGAUCGAUUUCGUCUUGUGCCAAAGAAAUCGUUAAGUUUGGAGCGCUUUUCAGCCUUCGAUCGUCAGGCUUCAUUGGAAAAUAAUACCCAACUAAGCGAUGGAAGUGCUGAUGGAGAGUCUUCGCUUCAGUUAACAAAAUACGAAUGUCAACGAGUGACGACUUUGGAUCACUAUAAUCGCAAAUUAGUGGAAGCAUUAGAAUUACUUGAGAGUCACGCAUUAUUAAUUGGAGGUGAACAGAGUCAAGGUAGAGCACUUGCAUUUAAGAGAUCUUCAACAGCUAUGAAAGGUUUACCAAAGGAGAUAGAAAACGUCGAUGAGAUUUCUUCCUUACGUCACUUGGGAAAUCACUCCUUAAGAAUAAUUGGGGAAAUACUAACAAAAGGUUAUAGCGAUGAAGUAGAGCAAAUUCGUAAUAGUGAAUUCUACAAAGCAACCAAGUUGUUCAACAAUAUAUUCGGCGUUGGACCUACUACGGCGCGCUAUUGGUAUGAUAAAGGAUUGCGGACAUUUGACGACUUGCGAAAUUCAGAAAUAAUUAAGUUAACGGAUAGACAACAAAGCGGACUUGAUAACUACGAUGAAUUGUGUGAACCGGUUACUCUUGAACAGGCACAACGAAUACGUGAUAUGGUCCAGAACGAAAUUGAUAUUAUUUUGCCUGGCACAAAAUCAAUGCUUGUCGGAGGCCAUCGGAGAGGUAAAAAAGCUGGCCACGAUACAGAUAUUUUAAUCUGGCAUCCAGAGGAAGGAAAAGAACGUGGUUUACUUACCAAAUUAGUAGAUAGAUUAGAGCUUAAGGGCUAUAUCAAGUACAAGGAAAUGAUAAAUAUCGACGCAAACACUGACGAAGCGUUUCUUAGAAGAACAAAUUCAAGAGGAUUAUCCGAUAUAAAAGAGAAACCAGGCAAAGCCAUGGAUCAUUUAGAACGAUGUUUCGGUAUCUUUAGCUUUCCUCGCACGUUAUUACAACUCCCACAGAAUGAUGAUAAUCCUAGUGCUGCUAGAAGAGUGGACUUAAUUGUCACACCAGCUUCCCAAUGGGCAUAUGCGCUAGUUGGUUGGACUGGAAAUAAGCAAUAUAAUCGUUCUUUGAGACUCUAUGCUUGGAAAGAAUUGCAAAUCAAUUUAUCCAGUCAUGCAGCAUUCGACUGUAGAGAGCAAAAAUUAUUGCCUGCAUCAACGGAACAAGAUAUCUUUAAUUAUCUGAAAUUAACAUAUAGAGAGCCUUGGGAAAGGAAUUGCUAA